CCUGAACACAGCUCGAACGUAGAUGCCUCCUUUGCUUCUGAGGCGUACGUCUUUGAUUCCGCCAUAUUGGAUAGGUCAACGUUAAAGAACGAUCUCAGAUCAGCUUUUUUGUUGUUCUUUACAUGAUCGCAGUGGAAAAAUGCCGGUGUCUUGUGCAGCAUUUGGCUGUAAAAACAGACGAACCAGUCUUAGCAAGCAUCGAGGGAUAACUUUUCACCAGUUUCCUAAAGAUCCUGGGCUCAGGAAAGCUUGGAUCCUAGUCGUUAGACGGAGGGACUUCAAGCCCUCUAAUAAGACAGUUCUCUGUAGCAGUCACUUCCACGACAAGGAUUUUGACAGAACUGGACAAACUGUUCGCUUGAGGGAACGUGUGAUCCCGUCGAUAUUUGAAUCACUUCCAGACCAUCUGAAGAAGGUGCCUGUAAAACCCAGAUCAACAAGGACAUCAAGACGUGCUGGUGAGCCAAGUAAUGAUCCUGUACCUGUUUCCAAAUCUCCAGACCCUCCAAAACCUUCAGUGUCGGAUCAUCAUUAUGCUCUUGAUCCAGAUCAAAUCAAGAUUAAAUUAUCUGAGGCUCAAGCCAGAGUGGAACACCUGGAGCGGCAGCUGAGAAAUGCCAAAGAUCGAGAACGAAGACAGAAACAAGCCGUCAAGUCACUUCUAGAUGAAUUAAAAAACACUGGAGUGAUUUCUGAUGAGUUUCAACUAAAGCUGAUUGAGGAUUCUGAUGACUCAUAGAUUGUGACAUCAUGAAGCCAAAAUCAUUUUGAAAGGCUUCAAGUGACUGCUG